CUCCCAGGUGCAGGCAUGGGAUCCCGAUGGAGCUUGUGGGCCCUCUGGGCCGGAGCAGCCCUACUGUGGGCUCGGCUCUCCCCAGCAGAGGCUUCCUGCCAAGGCCUUCAGUGUGCAUCUGGGCACCGCUGCCAGAUGGUGAGCGGGAAGGCCAGGUGUGUGGCAGAGUCCACAGCUGUGUGCCGCGCCCAGGGUGAUCCCCAUUACACGACCUUCGAUGGCCGCCGCUAUGACAUGAUGGGCACCUGCUCCUACACCAUGGCUGAGCUGAAUGGAGAUGAUGAGACCCUGCCAGCCUUCAGUGUGGAGGCUAAGAAUGAGCAUCGGGGCAGCCGCCAAGUCUCCUACGUGGGCUUGGUCACAGUCCAUGCCUACAGCCACUCUGUGACGAUAGUUCGUGGGGAAACUGGCUUCGCCCGGAUCGACAAUCAGCGCUCCCGCCUCCCCGCCUCCCUGAGUGAGGGUCGCCUGCGCGUGUACCAGAGCGGAACACGAGGUGUGAUCGAGCUGGACUUUGGGCUGGUGGUCACCUAUGACUGGGACAGCCAGCUGACACUCAGCCUGCCCAAGCGCUUCCAAGACCAGGUGUGGGGGCUGUGUGGCAACUACAAUGGGGACCCUGCUGACGACUUCCUCACACCUGACAGGGAACAGGCUUCAGAUGCCUUGGAAUUUGCAAACAGCUGGAAGCUGGAUGAUGGGGACUACCUAUGUGAUGACGGAUGCCACACGACUUGUCCCUCCUGCACUGCAGGCCAGACCCAGCACUAUAAGGGAGACCGGCUCUGUGGCAUGCUAACGCUAGCCACAGGCCCCUUCUCUGCCUGCCAUGAAUUGCUGGACCCCAAAUCUUUCCUAGAGGAUUGUGUGUUUGACCUGUGUGUGACUGGAGGGGAGCGCCUCAGCCUGUGCCGGAGCCUUGGCGCCUAUGCCCAGGCCUGUGCAGAACUGGGUGUCUCUAUUGGAAACUGGAGGCCACCAACCAACUGCCCCCUGUCCUGCCCAGCCAACAGCUGCUAUGAUCCUUGCAGCCCAGCCUGCCCAGCCUCCUGCAACUCAGAAGCUGCACCCAGCAACUGCUCUGGGCGCCCCUGUGUGGAGGGCUGCGUGUGCCUUCCGGGCUUUGUGGCCAGUGGUGGCGAGUGUGUGCCUGCGUCAUCCUGUGGCUGCACCUACCAGGGCCGUCCCCUGGCCCCAGGUCAGGAGGUGUUUGCUGACGACCUGUGUCGGCAACGCUGCACCUGUGAUGGAGCCACCCAGAAGGUGAUCUGCAGGGACACAUCGGGGUGCCCUUCUGGUGAGCGCUGCCGUGUGCUGAACGGCCUCCUGGGUUGCUACCCAGACAACUUCGCCAGCUGCCAAGCAUCUGGAGACCCACACUACGUGAGCUUCGAUGGAAGGCGCUUUGAUUUUAUGGGUACCUGCACGUACCUGCUGGUGGGUUCGUGCGGCCAGGAUGCCGCGCUGCCCGACUUUAAGGUGCUGGUGGAAAAUGAACAUCGAGGGAGCCAGACCGUGAGCUACACCAGAGCUGUGCGGGUGGUGGUCCAUGGUGUGGAGGUCGCUGUGCGCAGAGAGUACCCGGGAAGAGUGAUGGUGGACGGCAUCCUGCAGUACCUGCCCUUCCAGGCCGCGGGAGGGAAAAUCCAGGUGUUCCGCCAGGGCAAUGAUGCAGUCAUACGCACAGACUUCGGCCUGACUGUUACCUACAACUGGGAUGCUCACGUGACUGCCAAGGUGCCCAGUAGCUACUCAGAGGCUGUGUGUGGGCUCUGUGGGAACUUCAAUGGGAACCCAGCUGAUGACCUGAUGCUGAAGGGUGGAGGCCAAGCUAACAGCGCCCUGGACUUUGGAAACAGCUGGCAGGAGGAGAUAAUACCUGGGUGUGGAGCAACCGAUGCUGGUGACUGCCCCCAACUGGACUCCCUUGUGGCCCAGCAACAACAAAGCAAAAAGGAAUGUGGGGUCCUUGCCGAUCCUGCGGGACCCUUCAGGGAGUGUCACAAGUUGCUGAGCCCCCAGGGUGCUCUUCGUGACUGUGUCUAUGACCUCUGCCUGCUGCCCGGCCAGUCUAAGCCGCUGUGUGACGCACUCGCUGCAUAUGCUGCCGCCUGCCAGGCUGCUGGGGUCACUGUGCAUCCCUGGAGGAGUGAGAAACUUUGCCCGUUGACCUGCCCACCUAACAGCCACUAUGAGCCAUGUUCCUAUGGAUGUCCUCUGUCCUGUGGAGACCUGCCAGUGCCCCAAGGCUGUGGCUCAGAAUGCCGAGAGAGCUGUGUUUGUGAUGAGGGCUUCGCCCUCAGUGGUGAGUCUUGUGUGCCCCUGGCCUCCUGCGGCUGUGUACACCAGGGCACCUACUACCCGCCAGGAGAAACCUUCUACCCUGGACCUGGAUGCGAGUCUCUUUGCCACUGCCAGGAGGGUGGCCUGGUUUCCUGUGAGCCCUCCUCCUGUGGCCCACAUGAGGCCUGCAAACCAUCCAAUGGCGCCCUGGGCUGUGUGGCUGUGGGCACCACCACCUGCCAGGCAUCGGGAGACCCCCAUUACAUUUCCUUUGACGGCCGCCGCUUUGACUUCAUGGGCACCUGUGUGUAUGUGCUGGCGCAAACUUGUGGAACCCGGCCCGGCCUGCACCAGUUCACCGUCCUGCAGGAGAAUGCGCCCUGGGGCAAUGGCCAAGUCAGUGUGACCAAGGCCAUCACAGUCCAGGUGGCCAACUACACCCUGCGGCUGGAGCAGAACCAGUGGAAGGUCAAGGUGGACGGGGUGGACAUGAAGCUGCCAGUCGUGCUGGAUGGGGGCAAGAUCCGUGUCUCCCAACAUGGGUCUGAUGUAGUGAUUGAAACUGAUUUUGGCCUGCGCGUGACCUAUGAUCUCGCAUACCAUGUGCGGGUCACCAUCCCAGGCAACUACUACCAGCAGAUGUGUGGUUUGUGUGGAGACUAUGAUGGAGACCCCAAGGAUGAUUUCCAGAAGCCAGAUGGCUCCCAGGCAACCAACCCCAGUGACUUUGGUAACUCCUGGGAGGAAGCUGUGCCGGACUCCCCCUGUGCACCGGUACCUCCCUGCGAAGGAGGCGACUGUGAUGCUAAGUGCAGCCCUGAGCAGGAGGACAAGUAUCAUGGGGUGCAGUUCUGCGGGCUGCUCUCCAGCCCCACGGGGCCACUGGCUGACUGCCACAAGCUGCUGGACCCCCAGGGUGCCUUGAAAGACUGUGUCUUUGACCUCUGCCUGGGAGGCGGCAACCUGAGCAUUCUCUGCAACAACAUCCACGCCUAUGUGAGCGCCUGCCAGGCAGCUGGAGGCAAAGUGGAACCGUGGAGGACGGAAACCUUCUGUCCAAUGGAGUGCCCCCCUCACAGCCACUAUGAGGUCUGUGCUGACACCUGCUCCCUGGGCUGCUGGGCUCUCAGUGCCCCACAGCAGUGCCCAGAAGGAUGCGCUGAGGGCUGUGAAUGUGACUCCGGCUUCCUGUACAAUGGCAAAGCCUGUGUGCCUAUCCAGGAAUGUGGCUGCUACCACAAUGGGGUCUACUAUGAGCCAGAGGAGUCCGUUCUCAUUGGAAAUUGCCAGCAGCAGUGUGUGUGCCAUGCAGGAGAAGGCAUGGUGUGCAAGGAGCACAGCUGUAAGCCAGGACAGGUGUGCGAGCCCUCAGGAGGCGUCCUGGCCUGCAUCACCAAAGACCCAUGUCACGGUGUCACUUGCCGGCCACAGGAGACCUGCAAAGUUCAGGGUGGGCAGGGCGUGUGUGUGCCCAACUACAAUUCCACGUGCUGGCUGUGGGGUGACCCUCACUACCACUCCUUCGAUGGCUGGAACUUUGACUUCCAGGGCACCUGCAGCUACCUGCUGGCAGGGACUGUCUGUCCUGGGGUCCAUGCCGAGGGCCUGACCCCCUUUACUGUCACAACCAAGAACGAGAACCGAGGUAGCCCUGCUGUGUCCUAUGUGAGACUGGUCACCGUGACCGCCCUCAACGUCAACAUUUCCAUCCACAAGAAUGAGAUCGGCAAAGUCCGGGUGAAUGGAAUUCUGAUGGCCUUGCCUGUCUACCUGGCUGGUGGGCAGAUUUCGGUCGUUCAUGGAGGCUCCAAGGCUGUGCUGGUGACCGAUUUCGGGCUUCUGGUCACCUACGACUGGAAUUGGAGGGUAGAGGUCACGCUGCCCAGUAGUUACCAUGGUGCAGUGUGCGGGCUCUGUGGAAACAUGGACAGAAACCCCCAGAAUGACCAAGUCUUCCCUAACGGCACAGCGGCACCCUCUAUACCCACCUGGGGUGGCAGCUGGCAGACUCCAGGGUGGGACCCUCUUUGCUGGAAUGAAUGCCAGGGCUCCUGCCCAGUGUGCCCAGAGGACCGACUGGAGGAGUAUGAGGGUCCCGGCUACUGUGGACCUCUGGCUCCUGGCGCAGGGGGCCCCUUCGCCAGCUGCCACGCCCAUGUACCUCCUGAGAGCUUCUUCAAGGGCUGCAUGCUGGAUGUCUGCCUGGGUGGUGGCGUCAAGGACAUACUAUGCCAGGCACUGGCUGCCUAUGCUGCUGCCUGCCAGGCUGCUGGCAUCCAAAUCAAGGACUGGAGGACUCAGGCUGGCUGUGAGAUCUCCUGCCCUGACCACAGCCACUAUGAGCUCUGCGGCCCACCCUGCCCAGCCAGCUGCCCACCCCCUUCACGCCACACAACCCCAGCUGCAUGCGACGGGCCCUGUGUGGAGGGCUGCCAGUGUGACCAGGGCUUCGUGUUGAGUGCUGAGCAGUGCGUUCCCCUAGAUGGCGGCUGCGGCUGCUGGGUCAACGGCACAUACCAUGAAGCAGGCACUGAGUUUUGGACUGAUGCCACCUGCUCUAAGAGGUGCCACUGUGGACCUGGAGGUGACUCUUUGGUCUGCACGCCUGCCAGCUGUGGGCUGGGACAGGAGUGUGCCUUGUUGCCCUCUGGCCAGAUCGGCUGCCAACCUACAAGCACAGCUGAGUGCCAAGCCUGGGGUGAUCCCCAUUACGUCACCUUAGAUGGGCACCGGUUUGACUUCCAAGGCACCUGCGAGUACCUGUUGAGUGCACCCUGCCAUGCACCACCCGCAGGGACCGAAUACUUCAAUGUCACUGUGACUAAUGAGCACAGGGGCAGCCAGGCUGUCAGCUAUACCCGAAGUGUCACCCUGAAUAUCUAUGGCCUCAGCCUGACCCUCAGUGCCCAGUGGCCAAGACAGCUACAGGUGAACGGCGAAUUCGUUGCUCUGCCCUUCUACCUGGACCAGCGACUGAGCAUUUACCUAAGUGGAGCAGAUGUAGUGGUGAACACUGCUGCAGGGCUCUCCCUGGCUUUUGAUGGCAACAGUUUCGUGCGCCUGCGCGUGCCCGCAGCCUAUGCAGGCGCCCUCUGUGGCCUGUGCGGGAACUACAACAAAAAUCCCAAAGAUGACCUGGCAGCAGUAGAUGGGAAACCUGAGGGCUGGAAGGUGGGCGGAGCCCCCGGCUGUGACAAGUGUGAGCCUGAGCCUUGCCCACAGCCCUGUACACCUGAGCAACAGGAACCCUUCCGUGGCCCCGACGCCUGCGGCAUCAUCUCGGCCCCCGAAGGCCCGCUAGCGCCCUGCCACAGCCUCGUGCCACCCGCGCAUUACUUUGAGUCAUGCUUGCUGGAUGCCUGUCAGGUUCAGGGACAUCCAGGAGGUCUCUGUCCUGCCCUGGCCACCUAUGUGGCAGCUUGUCAAGCUGCUGGAGCCCAACUUGGAGAGUGGAGGAAGCCAGACUUCUGUCCCCUCCAGUGUCCUGACAACAGUCACUAUGAGCUCUGUGGUGACUCCUGCCCUGUGAGCUGCCCAAGCCUCUCGGCCCCCAAGGGCUGUGAAACCACCUGCCGUGAGGGCUGUGUCUGUAAUUCUGGCUUUGUGCUCAGUGGCGACACCUGUGUGCCUGUGGGCCAGUGUGGCUGCCUCUACAAUGGACGCUACUACCAGCUAGGCGCUACAUUCUACCCAGGCCCUGAGUGUGAGCGGCUCUGUGAGUGUGGGCCAAACGGGCAGGUCACCUGCCAGGAAGGUGGAAGCUGCAAGCCCUAUGAGGAAUGCCGGGUAGAGAAUGGCGUUCAGAGCUGCCAUCCCACAGGUUGUGGUCACUGCCUGGCCAAUGGGGGCAUCCAUUAUGUCACCCUUGAUGGACGGGUGUAUGAUCUUCACGGCUCCUGUUCCUAUGUCUUGGCCAGUGUCUGUCACCCGAAACCUGGAGAUGAGGAGUUUUCCAUUGUGCUGGAGAAGAACUUGGCAGGUGACCCCCAGCGAGUGGUGGUUACCGUAUCAGGACAGGUUGUGAUCCUGGCUCAAGGGCCGCAGGUGACUGUGGAUGGUGAAGCUGUGACCCUGCCCGUGACUAAAGGCCAUGUGAGUGUGACUGCUGAAGGCCGAAACAUGGUUCUGCAGACAGAGCAGGGCAUGAAGGUUCUCUUUGAUGGUGAUGCCCACAUCUUCAUGUCCAUCCCCAGUCCCUUCCGUGGACGUAUCUGUGGCCUCUGUGGCAACUUCAAUGGGAACUGGAGUGACGACUUUGUGCUGCCCAAUGGAGCCGUGGCCCCCAGCGUGGAGGCCUUUGGAGCUUCAUGGCGAGCUCCUGACUCCUCCCCGGGCUGUGGCGAAGGCUGUGGGCCCCAAGGCUGCCCUGUGUGCUUGGCGGAGGAAACACAAGCAUAUGAGAAAAACGAAGCUUGUGGGAAGAUCCGGGACCCCAAAGGCCCCUUUGCAGAAUGCCACCAGGUUCUGAGUCCCUUGGAAUACUUCCGCCAGUGCGUGUAUGACCUAUGUGCCCAUAAGGGCAACAAAACAUACCUCUGCCGUAGCCUGGCAGCCUACACUGCAGCCUGUCAGGUAGCUGGUGCAACCGUGAAACCCUGGAGGACAGAAAGCUUCUGCCCUCUCCAGUGUCCUGCGCACAGCCACUACUCUGUCUGCACACGCUCCUGCCAGGGCUCUUGUGCUGCACUCUCUGGCCUCACUGGCUGCACCACUCGCUGCUUUGAAGGCUGUGAGUGUGAUGAUCACUUCCUGCUCUCCCAGGGUGUGUGCAUCCCUGCCCACGACUGCGGCUGCACCUUCAAUGGCCAGUACAUGCCGGUGAACACCUCAUUGAUGACCUCAGACUGCCAAGAACUCUGUUGCUGCUCUGCAAGAACCGGACUGACAUGCCACGCGGCUGGCUGCCCAUCUGGACAUGUCUGUGAGCUCCAAGGAGGAGUCCGGAACUGCCAGGCUGCCCGUGGUCUUUGCUCCAUCUCUGUGGGGGGCAACUUUACCACCUUCGAUGGGGCUCACAAUGUCAUCAGCUCCCCUGGUACCUAUGAGCUUUCUUCUCGCUGCCCGGGACUCCAGGAGACUCUGCCCUGGUACCGUGUGGUUGCUGACGUCCAGCCUUGCGGUGGCAAUGACAAGGUUGUGGACAAGUUCCACAUCUUCUUCCAGGAUGGAAUUGUGACAGUGACCCAAAGCAAGGGCGUGUGGGUGAACGGUCUCCGAGUGGACCUCCCAGCUACUGUGUUAACCUCUGUGUCUGUGCGGAGGAUGCCCGAUGGCUCCGUGCUUGUCCACCAGAAGGCGGGGGUCCAGGUCUGGCUUGGAACAGACGGGCAGCUAAAUGUGAUGGUCGGUGAUGGCCAUGCAGGCAUGGUGUGUGGGGCCUGUGGAAACUUCGAUGGGGACCAAAGCAAUGAUAUGCUUGACUCUGAGGGGAAGGCACCAAUGGAGAAGUGGGAGGCACAGGACUUCUCCCCAUGUUCCAACUGAUCGGUCAUCGCUGACAAAGGACACUUCAAGACCUGCCUCUUCCAGAAGUUACAGUGAUUGAAGGAUGCCCUGUGUGUCUCUUCCCUGCCCCUCCCCUUUGCUGAGCCACCGAGGCCAAAUCUGAAAGCAUCGAGUAAAUACCUAGACCCAA